GUCAUUCAAUUGCAUUGGCAACAUAUCAGCAAAUUAUCACUUCCCAUAUACACACUGAUCAAAUUUCUGUUUCAACCUUGCAUCCAGUCAUAUGGAAACGAUAGAAGAGCAACAAUAUGGUGACCAACUCACGAAAGAAGAGUCCCAAAGAGCAGUGGAAUUAGAAACUGAUGCAGAAGAUGUAGAAAUUAUAGGAAUUAGAAAAAUAGAUAUUGAAGAAGAAAAGGAAAUAGGGCCAAUGAGUUCAGAGGACAAGUUUCGCGGGUUAACAGUGGAAGGAAAAUGGGAAGAGGUUAUCAAAAUGUGUGAAGAAGACAUCAAGUUAUGCACGAUAAAGAUCAACAACAAAAGAGGCACUGCACUCCAUGUGGCAGUGAAUGAAGGCAAUGAAGAUGCUGUUAAGUGUCUUGUGGGAACAAUGAUAAAGCACAAAAGGGGGGAGAAGGCCUUAACAUUGAAGAAUGAGAGAGGGGACACACCUUUGCACCUUGCAGCUACAAGGGGACUCAAGAAUAUAUGUGAAUGCAUCAUAGGAAAAAAUAAAGAAAGGAAGGGUUUGAUUACCUUUCUUAAUGAUGAGGGAGAGACACCUUUUUUUCAGGUUGCACUCUCAUGGCAAAAAGAAGCUUUUUGGUACCUUUGUUCCCUCGUGCCUGCUGAUGAAAACGUUAACUAUUCUAAAUUUCUUAUUCGGAAUAAUGGGGAUAGUAUCCUUCACUGUGCCAUUCGGAGAGAAUUUUUUGAUUUGGCACUUAUAAUAAUGUAUAAAUACCCCAAACUUUACGACAUUCAGAAUAGAGAGGGAUUCAGUCCUCUCAAACUUCUUGCCACUAGGCCCUCAGCCUUCAAAAGUGGAAGCAAUCUGCUAUGGUGGAAGAGAAUCCUUUAUCAUUGUGUAUCUGUAGAAACUCUAGACGUCCAAGAAGCAGAGAAAUUGUACAUGAAAGCGGAAGUACAAGAAUAUCAGAACGAACAGUGCAUGGUUACCAAAGAAGAAAAGGAUGAACUGUGCCCGAACACCAAAGAAAAAAUGGACGAAUUACAACUCCCAGAGAACUACAACACAUGUCAUCACUUCUAUCAUCUGUUUAAAGAUCUAUGCAGGUUGACUAAUACAUUUUUUCGUUCACUGCAACUUCUUGGUAAAGAACUGGGAAUUUUGUUUAAAGAUCUAUGCAGGUUGAUUAGUACAUGUGCAUCAGGACACAAGAGAGAGAAACAAGAAGAUCCAGAGAAACAUCCACAAUGUCAAAUAUCAAUGGCAGAAGAUCUGGGCCAUGAGCAUGUUCCACCAAAUUUGGUUUCAUGUCUUCAGUCUGUGAAGCUUGCAUACAUAUAUACUCUUGGCCUUUCGGGAGUAGGGGUUGAAAACAUUAGGAAGAUGAAACAAAAGCACAAAUGGAGUGGUCAACUCUUGAGUGAAUUUAUGAAAAAACCUUAUGAGUCAUAUACGGGAAGUGGAGGUCCACCACUAUUAGACUCGAGUGUUCAAACAGAUUUCAUUUAUGCUUACAAUACAGAAAAUAUUGACAAAGAGGAGAUAAUGGCUUUGAAUAUUGACAGAGAAGAGACAGCGAUUUUGGUUGCGGCAAGAAAUGGCAUAAUAGAAAUGGUGAAUGAGCUUAUAUCUAAAAUACCAAGUGCCAUACAUGAAACUAACUCCAAGAAGAAAAAUGUGUUACUUAUAGCAGUGGAGAACAGACAAACCCUUAUUGUUGAGGAAUUAAAAAAUCGAUUUGGAGAGAAGAAAACAAAAGUAGUCUUGCACAACCUAAUUCUAGGUGUAGAUGAUCAAGAGAACACUAUGUUACACCUGGCAGCAGCACCAAUCGAUAAGGGUUGGAUGAUAUCUGGUUCUGCCUUGCAAAUGAUGUGGCAUAUUAAAUGGUUUCAGUACAUAAAGGAGCUAGUGCCAGAGCAUUUCACAAUUAGAACCAAUAAAAAGGAGAAAACUGCAGGAGAAAUCUUUAGAGAAUCACAUAAAGGACUCGUCAAAGAAGCUAGUGGGUGGCUCAAGGACACCUCAGAGUCUUGCUCAGUAGUGGCAGCUCUCCUUGCUGGUGUUUCCUUUGCCACAUCUACCACUGUCCCUGGUGGUGUCAACACUGACACGGGUAAACCUGCAUUAGAAGGCCAGGUUCCAUUCGAGUCAUUUGCAAUGUGUUCAUUAAUUGGCCUAUGCUUCUCCGUCACUGCCCUCAUAAUGUUCCUCUCUAUACUCACUUCUCGGAAAGAAAUCAGGGAUUUUCGAACUAAUUUGCCACUUAAAUUGCUUAUGGGCUUAAGUUCUCUUUUCAUAUCUAUUGCUGCAUUGUUUGCUACUUUCUGCUCUGCUCAUUUCUUUGUGAUCGAUGACAAAUUCAAGCAAGUCUUAAUCCUCAUUUAUACAGUAACUUGCUUGCCUGUGACCUUCUAUGCAGUAGCACAAUUUCCACUAUAUAUUGAUCUUAUGAGAGCCAUUACAACAAAAGUGCCACUGGCAAGUGAUAAAGGGGAUGAUUUAUAGGGUGCUUUUUGUUCCACUUUGAGUAUGAUAAAUUGAAAAUGUUACUUAUUCAAGUAACAAUAAUGAAUUUUGUAUACCUCUAUUUGGAGCAUUAUGUAGUGUUGGAUUGUGCUUAUUAAUUUAAGAUAGUUUAUAUGAUUAUGUGUUA